ACGACUUACGAGAGUUAAACCAUAUUUAUCUCCAAUUUUUCAAAAGCGAUUUCUUAGUGUCACGACUCACAGUAUCUGAUAUUUGGCUAAGAAGAGUGAGUGAGUGAGUGAGUGGGAGAGAUGGUGCUAUCUCAGAAACUUCACGAAGCCUUCAAAGGCACCGUAGAGAGAAUCACAGCUCCCCGCACCGUCUCUGCCCUGAAGGAAAAAGGCGUUCUCAGCAUCACCGAAUUCAUCGUCGCCGGCGAUAAUCUCGUCUCCAAAUGCCCCACCUGGUCCUGGGAAUCAGGCGAGCAAAGCAAGAUGAAGUCAUAUUUACCUCCGGAAAAGCAGUUCCUCAUCACUAGAAAUGUUCCUUGUCUACGAAGGGUUGCAUCUUUAGAAGAAGAAUAUGAAGUUGGAGGUGAAGUGCUAAUUGAUAAUGAAGAUAAUGAUGGUUGGCUGGCAACUCAUGGUAACCCAAAAGAAAAUAAUUGUGAUGAGGAUGAUAGCUUGCCUUCCAUGGAGACCCUUGAAAUCAGCAAUAAGAAUCCUAUUCAGUCAAUUCCUUCAUACUUUGGGGGUGAGGAGGAAGAAGAUAUUCCAGACAUGGCCGAAUACGAUGAACCUGACAACCUUAUUGAAAUGGACCCUGCAACACUUCGGUCUACAUAUCUUGUGGCUCAAGAACCUGAUGAUGAUAAUAUUCUUCGAACCCGAACAUAUGACAUCAGCAUCACGUAUGAUAAAUAUUAUCAAACACCUCGAGUAUGGCUUACCGGAUAUGAUGAGUCAAGGAUGCUUUUGCAACCAGAACUUGUACUUGAAGAUGUUAGUCAAGACCAUGCACACAAAACGGUAACCAUUGAAGACCAUCACCACUUGCCUGGAAAGCAUGCAUCUGUUCAUCCAUGUCGACAUGGAGCCGUGAUGAAGAAGAUUAUUGAUGUUCUAAUGUCACAUGGGGUUGAACCAGAAGUUGACAAGUACCUCUUCUUAUUCCUGAAGUUUGUGGCAUCUGUAAUUCCAACAAUCGAAUAUGAUUACACCCUAGACUUUGAUCUUGGUAGAUCAAGCAAUUGAUGAGAGGUUGAUUGGGUCAGCACGAUAUUUCUUUCGAUGCCCGUAGGUACGUGUGAUUGGAGGUCAAGAUGGGGUAGAAGUGAGUGCAUCUAAGUAAUCCAUAUGCUCUAGGAGAUUGGGAUCAAGCUGCUGUAGGAUGUAGCUCCUCUCUUGUAAUCCAUGUGCAAUCGGACUCUAUUCGUCCUCGCCAACAAACCAAGAAGUGUUAGACAGCUCCAUCCGUGGUGAAAAUAGUUUGCUCAUCCAAAAUUACAUCACUAAUAUCUUUAUGUACUUGUUGAAAAAUAGGUGGUGUAAGGUUGGGCUAGGGUUGGCCAAUGGAAUAGGGAAAUGAUCCUCAAAAGGAUCAUUUGGGAAAAAUGUUGGACCUUUAAAAGUAAUUAAAUCCUCUAUUAAAGGUGGAACUAAUGCCAUAAUCAGAUGGAAUAUCUAUGACAUAUGCAUUAGGUCCAAUUUGCUUAAAUACCUUGAAUGGACCUAACGGCCUGCAGUUUCUUGACGAUUCCUAAAGGAUAUCGUUUAGGAUGUUGGACCUUUAAAAGUAAUUAAAUCCUCUAUUAAAGGUGGAACUAAUGCCAUAAUCAGAUGGAAUAUCUAUGACAUAUGCAUUAGGUCCAAUUUGCUUAAAUACCUUGAAUGGACCUAACGGCCUGCAGUUUCUUGACGAUUCCUAAAGGAUAUCGUUUAGGCUUGAUAUGAAUCAUGAUGUAAUCCCCUAAAUUGAAAUUUAAACGGUGUUGAUGUGAAUCAAACCGAGUUUUAUAUUUUAUAUUACUAGCAUGAAUUUGAUUGUUGAUGUCUAUAUGGAACUCGUGCAUGUGACUGACAAACUCUACUGUAGACUCAAAAGCCCUAGCAUGUGGUGACUUAGGGAGAACUUGCCUUACUUCACACAAUCAGUGCUUGGUGCCAUGAUUGUACUGAAUCCACGUAUGAAGCAACGAUAAAAGUUUGUGAGCCCAUGGAAACUUUGAAUUUCAUGGAUGUUUUUGGGCUCAUGCCAUUCCACUAUUAUGGCUUUAAGCUUCUAUGGGUCAACAGACACUUCUUCAGAUGAGACCACAAACCUAAGAAAAUGACUAUUAGUAAAGAAAGAACACUUCUUGAGGUUUGCAUUCAAUUUCAAGCUUUAUCUCCUUAGAGUGGAACACUUCACCUCAACUGGCUAAGCAUUGCAAGCAAAACACUGGUCUUUAUAAUCUACCUAUACCACAUCGCCCUUGGGAAGAUAAACAUGGAUUUCAUACUAGGUCUUCCUCACACCCUUAGAAAGUACAAUUCCAUUCUCGUAUUGAUAGAUAGAUUCUUUAAAAUGGCUCAUUUCAUCCCAUGCUCCAAAACUUUUGAUGCGUCUAAGGUUGCAAUCUUUUCUUUGAUGAGAUUGUCAAAUUAUAUGGCUUCCUAAACCAUUGUAUCAAAUAGAGAUGUUAGGUUCAUGAGCUACUUUUGGAAAACUGUUUGGUGUAUGUUAAGGACGUAAUUGGAAUUCUCUACCACAUGCCAUUCCUAGCACUUGGAUUACACGUAAUUGGAAUUCUCUAGCACUUGGAUUACUUGGAUGCACUCAUUGUUACCCCAUCUCGACCUCUAAUCACACGUACCUACGAGCAUUGCGAGAAACAAUGUGUUGACCUAGUCAACCAGUGGAUAGAUGAUGGAGGUUCAUUUGAUGUAUUGCGAGCUUUACUCAAUAGAGUCAAGUCUCUCCCACCCUGGGGUCCCAUCUUCCUUUCUUUCAUCCAUUCCCAAUUUUUCUCCCAUCUUCCCUUUCUUCAACUAUUCCCAUUUUCCACUUCUUCCUUUUGACUUCCUUGCUGCCAUAUGUAGUUUCUAGAUAUUCUAACCAACAAAUAGCCAAAGCCCUGACCCUUGAAAAUAAAAAUAAAAAGUCAUUAUACAUCUAAACCUUGAAUUGACUUCACUCUUUGGAUUUGAUCGAGGAAGAGAGAGGGAAGCAUCACUGAGUAAGAUGAAAAAAGGCAUUAGUGAAAAACUAAAAGAUGCUUUAUAUUUCGGUGACUCAACUAUCCUCUCUUGCCAACAUUUACAACAAAACUAAUGUCUUGAAACACAUUUUCAUUUACAAAAGAAAUUAUGUCCUUAAGAUAUUAUUUCAUUUAAAAUAGAAAUCAUGUAUUCAAGAAAAAGAUUAAAUUCUAUAAGGAUGUGGUUAAACCCUUUGGUUUACACCCUACAAUAAGGACAUGCCACAUCAUCAUAUUACUAAAACAUAAAUACAUCGGAUCACACCGGAUGACAUCUCAAUAGACACCAUAUUUCAGGUUUAAAGUAAAACACUAAUGUGGUGUAAUUAUGUAUGGUGAGAUGUAUUGAGUUUUUAGUAAAAUGCUGAUAUGAUAAUCUCUUAUUGGAUGAUGUAAAAUAUGAGUUUUACACCCCAUCCUUACCAAUCCGAACUUUCAAGAAAUGGUUUUUAUUGUGAAAUUGUGUCUUUUGCAAAUGUGGCAAUGUUGCCAACUUGCCAUAUGUGUAACUACCAACUCUACCUAAAAUCAUGUAUUUUGGUGACAAUUUCAAAAGUACCAUAUUUGGUGAAAAAGUUUCAAAUAUACUGUACUUUUAGGAGUAUUUUUUUAAAAUGCAAUUUUUUGCUAAAAGACUCCAACACCUUUUUGCUUAUUUUUCUCAAAUGAAGAAAACCCAAGAAAAUCUCUCCCUCUCUCUCCAUUGCACUCUUCUCUUCCAACAACCAUAUUUUUGUAAGGCAAUAUUCAUGCAAAUUGUGAUUGUUUUAGGGUUAUUAGGGACAUUGCACUUGAGUAAGUUAACAUAGUGUAGACACUCAAUUUCGCACCCAUAAUUUAACCUUGGAAGAUAACAAAAUGGUCAUUUUAUGUAUCAAAAAAUCAUGGUUGCAUUUUAGUUAUUAACUCAUUCAUCAUAUAGCAUGAAAAUGAUCUUGAGGUUCCAACAGUCACAACGAUGUUUUCCGUUUCCAAAUUGGACAAUCAGAUUGAAAGAUAUCAUAAGAUUAAGUUUCAACAGUCUGCAUGCAUUCAUUCUGGUGAAACCUAUCGCAUAUGAUUGAUUUGAAUUAAUUUUGAUUGGUUGUUAAUUAAAAUUAAUUAAAUGAAUUUUUGUGAUUGAUGAAAUAUUUUUAUUGAAGUGUGAUUUGAGGCAUUGGAAUAAAAGAAAUAAGUUGAUAAUAUUAAAUUUGGACUGAUAAUUAGAUUUUUGGGAUAAUUAUUUUAAAAAUCCUAAUUAUCACUUUGGGAUGAUGUUUAUCAUGAAAAUAACUCUAAACUUUGUCCAAAUACAGUUUUAGACUUGGAAAGCACUUCAAAAACUUGUUAAUAAAGUAGUAGUUUUCAGAUUCACGUUGCAGGACACUUUUGGCAUAGUAAACAUCAAAAUUCGGACUAGGCUAUUUCUGGCAAAGUUGUAGGGCAUCGAAUUUUCCUUCAGUUGUCAAAAUUUCAGCUCAAUCCGAAUUUUGAGUAUAGAGAUAUGGUCAAAAUCUUGAAACGUAUUCAGAUCUGAAAAUUCAGCUCAAUUCUUAUCCAAAUCUUUUUUUUUUUUUUGGAUUUUUCCCUACAUUUUUUUGCUUAUUUAUUAAGCUGAUCUGACUUAUUUUUUAAGCAAUUAGCACUUUCUUCCCCUAACGUAAAAGAACCUCUUGAAGUUCUUUAGAACGUCUGAUCCUCACUAGACCAGAAACUUCUAAAGAUCAUUCCCUUCAAGAUUUUAUUUUCUGUUAGUAAGCAUUCUUUAUAUCAUAUAAUCAUCAUGUAGGAAAAUUAAUCAUGGCAGCAUGAGCAUGAGAAGCAAUCAUGUGAACAAUCUUAAUGAGCAUACAAAGAAAUCAUAUGAACAAUCAAAGCAUGUGAAGAAAAUUAAAACCUACUAACCUGCAUGAAUGAAUGAAAACAAGGGAGAUUUCUUUAGAAAUUAGAGAGAAGAGAUCUUUCUAAGGUCUAAAAAAGGCUCACUAACACAGAAGAAAAUCUUGAAGAGAAUGAUCUCUAGAAGUUUUUGGUCUAGUGAAGAUCAUAAGUUUUAAAAGAUUUCAAUAGGUUUUUUUUAUGUUAGGGGAAAAGGGUGUUGAAUUUUGGGUAUUUUCUCUAUUUAUAGAGGUGUUAAUUGCUUAAAAAAAAAAGUCAGAUCAGCUUAAAAAAUAAGCAAAAAAAUGUAGGAGGAAAAUCCUUUGAAAAAAAGAAAAGAAAAAAAGAGAGACUUGGAUAAGAAUUGUGCUGGAUUUUCAAAUCUGAACACAUUUCAGUAUUUUGACCAUAUGUCUCUACUCAAAAUUUGUAUUGAGCUGAAAUUUUGAUAGCUGAAGGAAAAUUCAAUUCCCUACAACUUUGCUAGAAAUAGCCUAGUCCAAAUUUUGAUGUUUACUAUGCCAAAAUUGUCCUGAAACGUGAAUCUGAAAAUUGAUACUUGAUUAACUCGGUUUUGAAGUGUUUUCCAAGUCUAAAACUGUAUUUGGACGAAUUUCAGAGUUAUUUUCAUGAUAAACUUCAUCCCAAUGUGAUAAUUAGGAUUUUUAAAAUAAUUAUUUUUAAAGAUAAUUAUGCCAAAAAUCUAAUUAUUAGUCUAAAUUUAAUAUUAUCAACUUAUUUCUUUUAUUCCUAUGCAGCAAAUCACACUUUAAUAAAAAUAUUCCACCAAUCACAAAAAUUCAUUUAAUUAACAACCAAUCAAAAUUAAUCAUAAGUGAUAGGUUUUAUCCAAAUGAAUGCAUGCAGACCGUUGAAACUUAAUCUUACGAUAUCUUUUGAUCCGACCGUCCGAUUUGGAAAUCGAACGCAUCGUUGUGAUCAUUGGAACCUCAAGAUCAUUUUCAUGUGGUAUGAUGAAUGAAUUAAUGACUAAAAUGCAACCAUGAUUUUUAGGUACAUGAAAUGGUCAUUUUCAAUUGAGGGAUGAAGUGAAAUGAUAGUGGAAGUUCAAGGUUUUGAUUGAAAUAAUUGGAAACUCAAGAUCGAAUUUGUUACCAAUCUUAAAUUCUAGGAGGAAUUAAAUUUUGAUAAUAAUGAUGACCAUAUCAUGGUAUUGAUAGUAAUAAUGAUAUAUAUAUAUAUAUAUAUAUUUUGGUAAUAUGAUAAUGCAACAACAAUCUUAAAAGGCUGGGAAAGAAACAGAAUGGCCGAAUUGAUAUACAGGUAUACCAUGUCAAUGUAUAUUGAUUCACGUGUGGAAGUCCCCAUACUUUCUUUUUUUCAUAUAUUCAGUGCCACAUGAUUUUGUUGUUUGUAAAUUACUUAAUUGUGUUCUUGAUGUCUGACAUCUUUUUGAUUCAAUGUUUUUAAUGUGGGAAUGAUAUGUCUUGCCAGAUUGAAGCCACAGGUUUAAUGUAUAAUGCAAGCAGAAAUCAGUCAACUGUCUCUGUUUAUUAGUAAUUUAUGCUAGACUGACCACAGUUGUGGAA